AUGACUGAAGUCGAUGUCGUUUUGCCGGAGGGCGUGGUCGAGCCCACGACAAAGCUUGCCAGCGCAUCAAGUUCCCCAAAACAGUCGAAAACAUCAGCAGUGAAUGAUGAGCAACGGGACAGAGCGGAGGGGGAGGAGAAUCAGGUUGAGGAGCAUGAGGAGGAGUUACCCUCCAAGGAAAAACUGGAUCUCAUCUCUACUGGUGAAAAGGACAUCUCCAAAGAGGAUGUGGCCCAGGCUUCUCCACAAGCUCCAGCGCCCGACGAGUUAAUGGAGGUGGAAGAGAACGAGGAAGUCGAGGAAGUGGAGAACGACGACGAGGACUCACAGAUCACCAGCAGCAGCUCCAAAGAGCCAAAACUGGAUGAGGAGGAGGACGAAGAAGAGGCCACCACUAACGGGGACGUGGAUCAUGAGCCCGAGGACGAAGACGAGGCCGAGAAGAUCGGUAGCACGGCGGAAAACAGUUGCGAGGCCGAAGAUCCGCUAGGGGCAGCCACAGUUCAGGAGGAGGCGCUGGUUAGCGGGAAAAAAAACCAUCUAGACGGUGACGAUAGCCAGCCUAGCGAAGAGGACGACGAGGAAGAGCCCACGUCAAAGAAGGAAAAUGGCUUUGACGCCAGCCCGAAACAGAAAGAGAACGGACAGGCCAGCUUAUCAGAGGCCAUGGGGGCAGUCGCCUCUUCCGAUGGGGGAGUGGUCAACCUGGACGAGGACAGUGACGAGGAAAUGGAUCUCACGGACCACAAGGAGCCUGCAAAGCCUAUUGAGAAGGCAGCCAAACCGGCACCCUCCAACGGUGGUGAUUCCUCCGACGAUGCAGUGCUGAUAGCCUCCGACUCGGAUACAGAGUCUCCAGCUCCACCGCCGCCUGUGAAGAAGCUUCCCCUAUCAUCGCCAGUAGUCAAGGCUACACCACCGCCCCCUCCUGUUCAUGAGGAUGAGGACGAUGACGACGACGAUGACUGCGUCGUGAUUGAAGACGACACACCUCCAAGUAUUUCGCCCAGCGGCAAACGCAAGAGCGACCUCGACGAUCUGCAUCUGCAGCCCAGCCACAAAAGGCAGCGCAGUUCGACGCCGUCGGGAAUGGGCCAGCUGACCAUCAAGGAUGCCCGCUCGCUGAUGCCCCACGAUGGCAGUACGAGCUCUAUGCCGGGACCACGGGAUUCCAUAUAUCCGGUUACUAUAACGAAUGCUGUGACGGGAGCUGCCACCAAUUUGGGAGUAGUGCCGCCCAAACUGGUUCCCAUGGCGGGAGGCAUUGGUGCCAGCCCGGUGCAACUGAAUCCGCCAACGCUAUCGCUGACCGGACUGCCCAGCAUGACUAACAAUGCCAACCUGCUACCUGGCCUUACAGACGACAUGUUCGUGCUAGAAGCGCCCUCUUUCAUUGUGCCCUACAUAUAUGAGAAGCCGCCGCACGAAAACAUCUGCGAGGUGGUUAAGGCCAUCGAGACCAAGUAUGCGCUAUCUGCUGAGGAUUUAGCCGAGGCGGACAAGGGUGAUGAGUUCGACAUGAUGACCGAGCAGAACAAGGAGGACAAGCCGGCGGAUCAGGGCGAUGAGGGAAGCAAGAAAAAGAAGAAGAAGCGGGGCGACGACGAAUCCUGGUCGGAGCAGUCCGACGAUGAUGAUGACGAAGACGACGACGACGACUCGGAGUCCGGAGUGCGCACUAAGGUGCUGAUUAAGGAGGCAAACGACGACCUGAGUGCCCUUAAAGUAGCCAUCAAGCCCGCCGCUGCCUUGGCCACAGCCGGUGGACUAGCGCUUAACAAUCCAGGAGGCAGCAAACCUGGACAGGAGAACUACUUUGAGAGUCCGUUGGGCAAGUUCUUCAUGGACAUUGGCGUGGGCCUGGUGCAGGAGUUCGUGCAGGCGGAUCUACUGCGUUUGCAGAAGCGCAAGAUGCGCAAGGCCCAGGUGCAAGGAGUCCCCAAAGAGUUUGAGAUGGCCAUCAAUGCACUGUCGGGCAAUCUCCAGGCCUCCAAAACGAAAAACGCCCCCUUUAAGUUCCGGAUGAAGCGCUGCGAGUUCUGUAAUUUCAAGUCGGAAUCGGCCAUGGCCAUGGCCAAUCAUUAUGAGACGCCGCACAUGAACGGAGUGUUGUACAAGUGCAAUUUCUGCACGUUCGAGAUCCGAAACGCCACGGAGAUCGUUUACCACAUGGAGGCGGUGCACAACAUCAAGGCGCGCCUGAUUAAGCCACUGCCCUACCACCAGUGUCCCAACUGCGGCUUCGAGGACAACGGCAAGGCGAAGCUGGCUCGUCAUCAGCCUGUCUGCGCAAAGAAGUUCCGGCCGGAGUUGAACCUGGCGCCACCCAACGACUGGGAGGCACCUGCCAAGAUACCGCGCAUCAAGCCACGUCAUGGUCUAGUGGGCACGGCCACAGCCUAUCAGGCAAUGGCUGCGCAGGCGGCUGCACAAAAGGCCGCUUUGGCCAAUAUUCAGCAACAGCAGGCGGCGGCGCAGGCCAGGAAUAAUCUUCAGGCAGCGGCGUUGGCCGCCCAGAAUGCGGCCAAGAUGAGGCAACGAGCGCCACAGCCGCCCAAACAGAACAUGGUGCGCAAUCCGGCGCCUGUCCGCGGAGGCAAUUCUAUGAACGCAGGACUAUCGUUGCCCAACAGUUACCAGUUGGCUGCAGGACAGCUUGUUCAGGCGUCCAAGAAGCCGAUGGCCGGACAGCCCAGUAUCUCGAUAACGCCAUUACCUCGACAGAGCUCUGUGGGCGCCGGAGCGGGAGCCUCGUCCAGCAAGGCGCCUCAAGCGGCCGCAGGGAUGAAGCCCGGCCAGAGUCCCAGCGGCAACAAUAAGGCGCAGUUUGUCAUCUGCGAGAUCUGCGAUGGCUACAUCAAGGAUCUGGAACAGCUGCGCAACCACAUGCAGUGGAUGCACAAAGUGAAGAUUCAUCCCAAGAUGAUCUACAACAGGCCGCCAUUGAAUUGCCAAAAGUGUCAAUUCCGGUUCUUUACGGAUCAGGGAUUAGAGAGGCAUUUGCUGGGCUCUCAUGGUUUGGUCACAAGCUCCAUGCAGGAGGCUGCCAACAAGGGCAAGGAUGCCGGUCGCUGUCCAGUCUGUGGAAGGAUGUACCAAUGGAAGUUGCUGAAUCACGUGUCGCGUGAUCAUCACAUGACCCUAAAGCCCGCUCACCUGUCCUACAAGUGCACCGUUUGCACGGCCACCUUCGGCAUGUACAAACAGUUCGAGACACACGUUUAUACCGCCCACAGUACCGUGGCCAGGAAGGCAAUGGAUAGCAAGAAGAACAGCGCGCAAUCCAGCGGGUCCGGAUCUGGAGCAGGGAUGUCGCGCAGUUCGUUGGGAGCGGCCAAUGACUCGCUGCUGAAGCCGCUUAAGAUCAACGAUGAGAUCACCAUCAUACCCCAGCCCGCAUCGAAGCCACGCAUCACAAAUAUGGAGAGUCAUGUCAUAGAUUAAAGAAAAGAGCGUGUUGGAUCAACCAAAAACCUAAUCUCGCAAAGUUUGCAGCAUUAACAGCGCUUUAAAAUAGUUUCGUUUUUAAGCCGAACGCGACCUUGCCGCCCCAAGGUCACGCCCUUCUACUUCUGUAAGACGAAUUGUAUAAAGAGCAAGAGUAUAAACAAAAACCGAAGCGAAUGAGGAGGAGGAGCAGACUGGAAGGCCGGAAUGUUGGCCAGUUGGCCUGCGAGCCCUGACUAAACUAAAGUAGCCCGUACUUGGUGCGGUUUAAUCACUAACACACCAGCUACAGGAUACGCGAUACACAUAACGCUAACGGCAUAGAUACAGAUAGAGAUACUAGUUACGGAUUUUAGUUACAUACGUUUUGGAGUGUGCACAUAAGUUGAAGUUGUAGCUACUACUAAUAUAUACCACAUACAUACAUAUAUAUUUAACUAUAUUUAAAGCAUAUUAUGAAGAAGCCGCCAGAGCGCAUCGUCAGCAUGAUGACUAUGUAAAUUAGUUAAAAACUAAACUAUUUAUACGAAAAUUACGAUUAUCCAAAUGUGUGUUGCAGUAUGUAUAUACAUUUUGAUAGGUCCCCGCCCACGUAAAUGGCGUACUUUGUUUCGUUCUCUUCGAAUCUUCUAGUUUAUUUUUGCGAUUAGUCGAUGAGGCAAUGCGGGAGUAAUUCGGAGCGAGGCGCAUGGGCUAGGACCCUUCUAAACUGAUCUGAGAGUAGUUCGACAUUUUAAUUUUUGUGUACAAGUUUAAACUUAUAUUUAUAUUACACAUUAUCUAUUAAUAUUAAAGUAUAUAUCAUCUAUUACCGCCUAAGAAUCCCCAUGUACUACAGUUAUAAAGUAAAACCACAACACAACCUACCAACCAACAAACAAACUGAAAAUGAGAAAAUUAAAAACCUAGUUAAUAUAAAAUGCUAA